UGCGUGGCGGUAAAAACACCAUUAUAAUGAAAUUUGAGGAGCUUCUAAUGCAGAGAAGCACUGAAGAGCAGCAGAGGAGACUUGCUCUCGAGGAUGAGGUUAAGAAGUUGCAAGCAGAACUAGAAGGAGAGGAAACGCUUAGAAACGUUUUGCAAUAUGCUCUCGACGGGCCUAUGCUUUCACAUCCUUGCCUUUCCUCAUUUCUUCCGCCACAUGUUCAAGUGCUACUUGCUGAGCUUGUAAUGAUUGAGGAGGAGAUAUUUCUUUUGGAAAGAAAAGUUGAUGAGCUGAAACUGCAAUUGUACAAAGAGAGAGGAGAGGCCAGAGAAUGUGAGAUAAGACAUCAAAAGAGAGUUUUGCAGCAGAAUAAUAACAUGUUAUGCGAAGCUGCAAAUCAUCGGUCAGUGCUCGUGAAUGAUCAACGGUCUAGAUCGCAGAAUUACGAGGUUUUGAGGCAGGAAAGAGUGAGUGCUGCAGGUGAUAGAAGAUCAUCCUUGAGUUCUGCUUCGGAUAUCAGAAGCUUGUCUUCCACUGCCUCAAAUAGAGAAAUUGCUGAUAUAUCAAGGAGACUUAGUGGAAGGGGAACAAACAGGGGCAAAGUAGACAAUACAACAAGUAUUGGCAUUGUGAAGCCAAAUGAAAUCUCAGAAGAAUUGCUCAAGUGUCUAAUAGGCAUAUUUCUUGAGUUAAAGCAGACAUCUUUAGAUAAAGAAGGAUCAGCGCCACCGAACGUUCCGAAGAUCGCCCUCUCGUGCAUGAAUUCAAAAGGGUUCACGGGAAAGACCUCAUUGAUCAACUGCAAAUAUUCACCCACAUUUCUCUUCAACUACAACUCUUCAAACUUUGACCCUUAUGGCAUAUUCCCAGAUUUGGAAUAUGGCUCCACAAGGGAUGUGGGCCCCUACAAGAACUUCAUUCAUAUCACCACUUCAUCUUUAGAUAUCAGCCGUUUCUCUCGGUGUUUGACAGGGAUUAGAAAACUCAGGGUUUUGAUGCAUAAGCUGUGUGAUUUGGAUUUGACUUUCUUGACGUACAAACAGAAGUUAGCUUUCUGGAUCAACAUCUACAAUGCCUGCAUAAUGCAUGCAUUUCUGGAACAUGGCCUGCCCUCCACACAGGAUAAGUUGCUGGCAUUAAUGAACAAGGCUACACUGAAUGUGGGCGGGAUAGUACUGAAUGCCCUCGCUAUCGAGCACUUUAUUCUCCGGUAUCCUUCUGAAUCAAAACAUAAGGGACCUGCUUAUGAGAAAGAAAUGUUACUUCGACAUGCCUAUGGUCUGGGGUACCCGGAGCCUAAUGUGACAUUUGCUCUAUGCCGUGGCACAUGGUCUUCACCAGCAUUAAGGGUGUACACCCCUGACAACAUAGCUAACGAAAUGGAGAGAGCAAAACUGGAGUACUUGGAAGCUUCAAUCGGAGUUACAAGCAGGAAAAAGAUUGUUGUCCCCAAGCUUCUUCAAUGGCAUAUGCGCGACUUCGCAGACGACAUGGAAUCUUUAUUGGAAUGGAUUUAUAGCCAAUUGCCGCGUUCUGGGUCGUUGAAAAGACUGAUAAUGGAGUGCUUGAAUGGGGAAGCAAAGACACCUAUUAGCAAAAUGGUAGAAGUUCAGCCUUAUGAAUCAGAGUUCCGCUACUUGUUGUCUUCAGUAAGAUUUUCAUGUGAAAAAUGACGAUAGUACUAAAUUCUUUCUUGUAUGA